GCAUACUGGAAGCGGUACUGGGUCAAAUACAUCCUGUGUGAAUUUGAAGCCAAUCGGAACCCUAUUCUUACAAUGAAUGUUCUAAAAGCCAUCCGGUGGGGCUUGCAAGGCUGGGAGUAUGGGGUUUCUGGGCGAGCUAUUCAAAACUGCUUUCAAAAAGCUCCUGACUCUCAAAUACAGUAUCAAGAACCUGUGGAUACUGCAGUAAUGGACGACAUCCAGGCUUCCUUCUCUCAGCUUCAGCUAUCUACGCCAAUUCAAGAUCUAAUGGAUAUAAAAGCUUUCCUAAAUCCCAGAGGAGGCCAAGAGCUAGAAAUUUUACCAAAGGUGUCUGCGGAGGAAGCAAUUGCAGCCAUUCAAAGACUCCGUUUGUAUGAAGAGCAGCAAGUGGAAGGAAGUCCUGCCUUUAUACGUGAGGUGGAGAGGCAUGAGCGUAUUAUAUGGCGUCGGAAGUUGGAUUUGCAAAGUCAGCGUGAUAUUGGAAGCUAUUUUUCAUAUUAGUAGGCAU